GUUUAUGAUUAAUAAGUUUCUAAAUAUGUAAAUAUCCGAAUAUAGAUACAGAUAGAUUCGAUCUGGUUUUUCUUAAUCUUCGAUUCGUAACCGGAUUCCAUUUAUAUUUUGUCACGUGUCAAUGUAGAAGUUUCAGAUAUAUAUUUGCGUGAUAUAUAUUUUUUGAUCAUACGAAUCAAAAAUAAACGUCUUCAAAUAUUUUUUACUACAGGUGUUAUUUGCAUCAAAUUACAGAUGAGAUUUCAAUGUGUGAUUGUUGUAAUGGUGAUUGUUAAGUGAAGCGAAACGAUCUUGAUAUUCCACACGUGAUUUUUAUGAGACGUUAAUUCAAUUCAUAAGAGUAGACGCGUUUCGGCAAAAGCAAGUAUAUUAGCGAUCAAUAAUAAUUGAUGCGUUUUACGAUAAGCUUUGAAAAAUCGUACAUUAUGUCGUCCCUAUUUAUGUGUAGUCAUACAAAUUCCUGUUUAUAUUUACAACACUUCUUGAUUUUUUUGUAAAAACUAGAAACUAUGAAAACUUUUCUAAAGAAAUAAGCAAUUUGCAAGUUAUUUUUAAUUAAAUUGAUUUAAUUAAUUUAAUUAAAUUGAUAAAAGUAUCUGCAUAUUGUUUUGGGGAACUAUGUUUGCGAAAUCUAUGUAUAAUAGAUAUAAAUUUGUAAAUCACACACUGUCCUAUUUGCGAUGAUUUUAUGCUUCAUACAUUAUGAGGAAAUGCAUUACGAGGAAAAUACGAAAGAGAAAAAUAUAAGCUAUGGGUUUUAUGUCUUAAAUUAUCUAAAUAUGUUAUUAUGUUUUUAUCAGUAUUAACACAGUACAAUGUUUAAGCUUCAAGAAAUAAUGAGGUGCUGUGUUAGAAGGCCUACGUCGGCACUGAUGACUUUUCUCUAUAUUAAACACAAGAGUCUAUUGCGGAAAUUAAUAAUCAACGCGUAUUAUCACAAGCUUCUACCCCGAGACAAUCUAAACGCUAAUUACUUCUUUAUGACACCAUCAGAGGUGGAUGUUAGAGCAUCCCUGGCAAUGACAUUUUAAUCGAAUCACAUUGCCUAGAUACGACGUGUGCGGUGGGGAGACGCGCUGGAGGGGUAAUGAUAGCUGCUGAUUGCGAACUCUCGUGUCACGGUACAAUCGACGGCCAAUGCGUUCGAAAACUACAAAACCCAAACUAAUUAAAAGGGAAUCAGAAGGCCCGAUCGCCAUUGGCGUCGUCACUCCGCAGUGGCGCAAAAUCCCUCUUGGUUGCGAGUCUCGAUCGACAGGAUGAACCAAUAAACGCGCAUGCUCGCGCAAAUCAAAUAUUAAUGGCGCAAUUAGCACCAAUUGUACCUUAAUCGGUUUUGUCGCUUUUUGCUUUUUCUUCAACGACCGCGAAUUUCCGCGUCCGUAAUGUGCCGCAACCGACUCGUAAAAAACGAGAACAACUCCACCGGACGCGUCGCCAUCCGUUGCGCGCAACUGUCAACUUCUUGCUGCUCUCGCAGUCCUAUUAAUUUCGGAUUAUCGCAAAUUGCUGGCGUUGUCUUCCAUUACGAGAUUUUCCCGACACAACGGGGGGUGCGAUAAGAAAUAAAUGAUAAAUGGGUGCCUCCCUUUAGAGCAAAUACGUUCCUCGUUUACGUUUUUACGUCUGGAUUCGCGAUUCAGAAAGAGUGCAGAUUAAUUAUAAAUAAAUUGUUCCCCCUAUAUUUCCUAUAUUAAGUAAUAUAGGAAAUAUUCUUUAGACAGCACAAGUAAAUUUUCGUUUUAGGAGGAUACAUGUAAAUUUUAAUUUUUAAAUUACAAUUGUGCCCCGUGCUUUUAAUAUGGGAAUUAAGUUGGAUCUGCGCACAAUACUGAUAUUUAUGGCACGGGUGACAAGUCUGCGCUCUGGAGGAUUUGUUUUGUUAAUUAUUCAAGCCGAUUACUUAAUUCACUUUUGAUUAACGAUCGUCUGUAUACAGGGACGAGCACGAGAACAAUGGGAACUAGAGCUGUUGCCGUUGCGGCGGCGGCAGGUGCUGCCGGGAUGUCUGGUGAGGCGGGAUUGGCUGGUGUACCAAGACUAUUGGAGGAUCUGGCGCGACUCUCAGAGGAUAAAGACUCGGCUGAUAUCGUGUUCCUGUUAGGGAGGGACGAGACCCCUGUUUAUGCCCACAGAAUAAUACUUCAAGCCAGAUGCAAGAACUUCACGGCCGCCAAGAGAAUCGGCACAGCCGGUAAUCCGACACCGGUACGAAUGCCACACGCGCAUCCGGAAACGUUCCGCCAGUUUAUUCGUUACAUCUACACCGGUAUGAUAAUACUACAAGAUAGUGGGAUUUUCGAAAUGCUGGGUCUAGCGCAGGAACUUGGAAUAGAAGAACUUUGGAGAAGUUGUGAAGAACAUGUGUCUGUUACUUUAAGUCCCGGAAACGCGUGUGCACUUUUAACUGCCGCUUUGGAAGCUCAAGAACGAGUUCCAGGUGGGAAGGCUGCUUGCUCAUCAUUCAUCGAGAAAUGUUUUGCUUUUAUCGGCGAGAAUGCUAUGGACACAGUAAAGACGACGGCAUUCUGCAAUCUUCCAAAGGACGCUUUAGUAAAAUUAAUAUCAUCGGAUUAUCUUGGGUUGGAGGAAGAGGACGUGUGGCGGGCAGUCCUGAACUGGGCUAAAUAUCAGGCAGGAGUCACGCAGCCUACCCAACACUGGACCGAAGAAGAGCGCUUGAGGGUGUGCCAGCACCUGUCCGGUGUAAUAAAUCACGUACGCUUGCUGUUGAUUGACAGCCAGGUGUUUGCAGAGGAGGUAGAGCCGACCGGUGCGGUGCCGAUAGAGAUGUCGUUGGAGAGGUACGAAUUUUUCAAUCCCGAUCGAUCGAGCGGCUCGAAAUUUCUAAGGUAUAGGUAUGCAGCCCUGCCGAACAAGUACUCGGAGGUCUGCUCCGACAAGCGACUGCAGCCGCGUGUCAGCCCGUUCCUUUUCCCGGGUUCGCAGAUCCUCUCCAGGGACAAGGUCGGUUUCCAGCGGGUCCUAAAUCAGUGGUAUGGCGUGUCGAAACAGGGUUGGCGAUUGGUCUAUCGAGCGUCCAAUCAUGGCUACUCAGCGGCAUCUUUUCAUCGGCACUGCGAUAACGUUUGUCCGACAUACGUGAUAGUGUUGGGAGUGCGUGGCGAGAUAUGCGGAGGAUUCAGCGAUGUUCCGUGGGGAAAAACUAACUCGAAGGCACAGUACAUUGCUUCAGAGAAGAGCUUUCUCUUCACGUUGACAAAUAAUCAAGACGUACCUCCAACGAAGUUUGAUAUUGUGAAGAAAUCAUUCGCGAUUUGCUACCAUCCGGACAUAGGACCAAUCUUUGGUGCCGGAGCUGAUCUACUUAUAUCGAGCAAUUGCAAUGUCAACAAGGAGAGUUACAGUAAUCUUCCGCAUAGUUACGAUGGCGACCACGCAUCUAAUCAAUUGCUCAUGGGAGACUAUCAUUUCUCAGUAAUCGACUAUGAGGUUUUCACCCCGAGUCAUCCUGCUCCCAAGUCCAAUCACUAAAUUAAUUAUCACCACCAUUUGCAUAUACAUCGCUCUUCUUGUAUCUAAUAAAUAUAUAAUGAUUUAUUCUCCGUCCAUGGGAAUUAUUUCGUGUUAUACAUCGAAAAGUAACAAUAAUUCACCAGUCAUGCAAAUCAUACUCUUAUAUUCAUACAUAUAAUUUUAAAGCAACGACAUAAGGAAAGACUGAUUAUUCUUUACAUUUUAUAUUUUUAUAAUUAUGUUGCAUUUGUACAAGUAUAUGUACUUAUACCUUUUGUAAAUUUUUCGAAUAAAUAUCAAUCGAAUAAAUGUCAA